AUGGCCCAUCAGUUACCCUCAACUCUGGACCUGGGGAACGACGUUAGUCUCGACGUCUCCACCGCACCAACGACCCCAGGAAGCAGCUUGUCCUUCAGUCCCGUCCUCCAGGCUGCGGAUGAACAACCGGGGAUCCCCGCCAUGAAGCCCCAGAGCACCUCCAGAUCGUUGUCGUCCACGCUGUUCGACACUACGGCCAGAACACCGCCAGUCCGCAACAUCUGCUGUGUUGGCGCUGGCUAUGUUGGUGGCCCUACUGCGGCUGUUAUUGCCUUCAAUAACCCCCAUAUCCGAGUGACGGUUGUCGACAAGGACGAGAAGCGCAUUCGACGAUGGAACUCUGUACAUCCCCCUAUCUACGAGCCCGGCUUGAACCACAUUCUGCGCAUUGCCCGUGACGGAUCCAAGGAAUGCACUAUCGAGACUAGGUCCCUCUCCACGACCAACACAACAUCUUCGAAUACGCCAGAUGUCUCGGAUACGUCCACUCCGGCCUCAGAAUGCGGUAGCCAGUGCGGAGACAAUGUUUUGAAACCUAUUCCUGCCCGCCAGCCAAACCUCUUCUUCACAGCCGAUGUAGCCAAGUCUAUCAGCGAAGCCGACAUCGUUCUGAUUGCGGUCAAUACGCCAACCAAGAGCCGUGGUGCCGGCGCAGGUUCUGCCACGGACAUGACUGCUUUCGAGGCUGUCACCAAUGUGGUUGCGCAGCAUGCCCGGCCGGGCGCCAUCAUUGUAGAAAAGUCUACAGUCCCAUGUCGGACGGCGCAGUUUGUACAAGACACUCUUGCACUCCAUAGGCCCGGUAUUCACUUCGAGGUUCUCAGCAACCCCGAAUUUUUGGCUGCCGGAACUGCUAUCAAGGAUCUUCUCAACGCAGAUCGUAUUUUGAUCGGCUCCAGUGCAACACCAUCUGGUCAGCGCGCAGCCGCCGCUUUAGCAUCUGUCUACUCCGCUUGGAUCCCGAGGUCACGGAUCAUCACGACUAAUGUGUUCAGCUCUGAGCUUGCCAAGCUUGUCGCGAACUCUAUGCUCGCCCAGCGCAUCAGCAGUAUCAAUUCAAUUGCGGCCGUGUGCGAGGUGACUGGCGCCGAUGUCAGUGAGGUUGCGGGUGCGAUUGGUGCCGACCCCCGUAUCGGCAGCAAGUUCCUCAAGGCCGGUAUCGGUUUCGGUGGCAGCUGCUUCAAGAAGGAUGUGCUCAGUCUGGCUUACUUGGCCGAGAGCCUCCAACUACCCGAGGUAGCAGACUACUGGCGAAAUGUCAUCACCAUGAACGAGUUCGCCAGGAACAGGUUCGCUUCGCGUGUCGUGAGGUGUCUCAACAAUACCCUCAUUGGCAAGAAACUCACCAUGCUUGGCUACGCCUUCAAGAAGGAUACCAACGAUACCCGUGAGUCGCCAGCAGUGGAGAUUAUCCGAACCUUGGUGGAGGAAGGGCCACGGGAGAUUGCCGUCUACGACCCCUGCUGCAACCCAGCGCAGAUGGCCGAGGAUAUCGGUCGCUAUGUCGGCGCCGAGGUACUACAGAGAAACGGAGGCCCUGUCAUUGUCUACGCAGACGCUUACGAGGCCUGUCACUCCUCUGAUGCGCUACUAAUUACCACCGAGUUUGAUGAGUUUAAGAACACCGGUGAGCCGGUAUCAGCGUCUGCCGAGGUCCUGGCCCCCAAGGCUGCGCCUGUCAAGGCCGUUGUCCCCGACCCACGACCGUUCAAGGGUGAGGAGCCAACCGAGACUGAGCUCCUUGCUCUUCAUACCUUUUUACUGCAGUCAACAGAUGCGGAGGAUAAGGAAGAUCCAUUGCAUCGCUUCAACUCCGUACCCGACUGCGCUGAGGACUGUCCAGACUGUUUCAUCGAGAAGGAAACGGGUACCAGUGGUUACGGAGCGGGACAGGAGCACGUCUUCAAGGGCAGGCUCGACUGGAGGAAAGUUCACUACCACAUGCACAAACCUCACUGGGUGUUUGAUGGUAGGGGAGUGUUGGAGGUGGCGGGCAUGGAGAAGUUGGGCUUCCGCGUGGAGAGUGUUGGUCGUCAGGGGAGAGUCUGA